UCCUCAUUGUUCAUACCAUAGAAGGCAGAAGUUGUUUUCCUCUACAGGGAUUUAGAAGAAGAGAAGAGACAAGGAAAGCUGGUGGGGCUUGGUUACCAGAUGGGCUUACCAGAUGAGCUUCAGUGACAUGACCUGGGACCAGCACUCUUUUUUCUGCCGGUUGACAGAAGAUAAGAAGUCAGAGAAAUUCUUUAAGGUGUUUUAUGACCGAAUGAAGGUGGCCCAGCAAGAAAUCAAGGCAACAGUGACAGUGAACACUAGUGACUUGGGAAAUAAAAAGAAAGAUGAUGAGGUAGACAGAGAUGCCCCAUCACGGAAAAAAGCUAAAGAACCCUCAACACAGAUCACAGAGGAGGUUCGGGAUCAGCUCCUGGAGGCAUCUGUUGCCACCAGAAAAGCCUUUACCACUUUCAGGAGGGAGGCUGACCCCGACGACCACUACCAGGCCGGGGAGGGUGCCCAGGCCACUGCCGACAAGUCCAAGGAUGACCUGGAGAUGAGCGCUGUCAUCACCAUCAUGCAGCCCAUCCUCCGCUUCCUGCAGCUCCUGUGCGAAAACCAUAACCGAGACCUGCAGAACUUCCUUCGUUGCCAAAAUAACAAGACCAACUACAAUUUGGUAUGUGAGACACUGCAGUUUCUGGACUGUAUUUGUGGAAGCACAACUGGAGGCCUUGGUCUUCUCGGGCUGUACAUAAAUGAAAAGAACGUAGCACUUAUCAACCAAACCCUGGAAAGUCUGACUGAAUACUGUCAAGGGCCUUGCCAUGAGAACCAGAACUGCAUAGCCACCCAUGAAUCCAAUGGAAUCGACAUAAUCACAGCCCUGAUCCUUAAUGACAUCAAUCCUUUGGGAAAGAAGAGGAUGGACCUUGUAUUAGAACUGAAGAACAAUGCCUCGAAGUUGCUCCUAGCCAUCAUGGAAAGCAGGCAUGACAGUGAAAAUGCGGAGAGGAUACUUUAUAACAUGAGGCCUAAGGAACUGGUGGAAGUGAUCAAGAAAGCCUACAUGCAAGGUGAAGUGGAAUUUGAGGAUGGAGAAAAUGGAGAGGAUGGAGCUGCCUCCCCCAGGAACGUGGGGCACAACAUCUACAUAUUAGCUCACCAGUUGGCUCGACAUAACAAAGAACUUCAGACUAUGCUGAAACCUGGUGGCCAGGUGGACGGAGAUGAAGCCCUGGAGUUUUAUGCCAAGCACACAGCGCAGAUAGAGAUUGUCCGAUUAGACCGAACAAUGGAACAGAUUGUCUUUCCCGUGCCCAGCAUAUGUGAAUUCCUAACCAAGGAGUCAAAACUACGAAUUUACUACACUACAGAGAGGGAUGAGCAAGGCAGCAAAAUCAACGAUUUCUUCCUGCGGUCUGAAGACCUCUUCAAUGAAAUGAAUUGGCAGAAGAAGCUGAGAGCCCAGCCCGUCUUAUACUGGUGUGCCCGCAACAUGUCUUUCUGGAGCAGCAUUUCAUUCAACCUGGCCGUCCUGAUGAACCUGCUUGUGGCAUUUUUCUAUCCCUUUAAAGGAGUCCGAGGAGGAACACUGGAGCCCCACUGGUCAGGACUCCUGUGGACAGCCAUGCUUAUCUCUCUGGCCAUCGUCAUUGCCCUCCCUAAGCCACAUGGCAUCCGGGCCUUAAUUGCCUCCACAAUUCUACGGUUGAUAUUUUCAGUGGGCUUACAACCCACGUUGUUUCUUCUGGGAGCUUUCAAUGUCUGCAAUAAAAUCAUCUUUCUAAUGAGCUUUGUGGGCAACUGUGGAACAUUCACAAGGGGCUACCGAGCCAUGGUUCUGGAUGUUGAGUUCCUUUAUCAUUUGUUAUAUCUGCUGAUCUGUGCCAUGGGGCUCUUUGUCCAUGAAUUCUUCUACAGUUUGCUGCUUUUUGAUUUAGUGUACAGAGAAGAGACUUUGCUUAAUGUUAUUAAAAGUGUCACUCGCAAUGGACGGUCCAUCAUCCUGACAGCGGUUCUGGCUUUGAUCCUGGUUUAUCUGUUCUCAAUAGUGGGCUAUCUUUUCUUCAAGGAUGAUUUUAUCUUGGAAGUAGAUAGGCUGCCCAAUGAAACAGCUGUUCCAGAAACUGGCGAGAGUUUGGCAAGCGAGUUCCUGUUCUCUGAUGUGUGUAGGGUGGAGACUGGGGAGAACUGUUCCUCUCCUGCACCCAAAGAAGAGCUGGUCCCUGUGGAAGAGACAGAGCAGGAUAAAGAGCACACAUGUGAGACGCUGCUGAUGUGCAUUGUUACUGUACUGAGUCAUGGACUGCGGAGCGGGGGUGGAGUAGGAGAUGUGCUCAGGAAGCCAUCCAAAGAGGAGCCCCUCUUUGCUGCUAGGGUGAUUUAUGACCUCUUGUUCUUCUUCAUGGUCAUCAUCAUCGUCCUUAACCUGAUUUUUGGGGUUAUCAUUGACACUUUUGCUGACCUGAGGAGUGAGAAGCAGAAGAAGGAAGAGAUCUUAAAGACUACGUGCUUUAUCUGUGGCUUGGAAAGAGACAAGUUUGACAAUAAGACUGUCACCUUUGAAGAACAUAUCAAGGAAGAACACAACAUGUGGCACUAUCUGUGCUUCAUUGUCCUGGUGAAAGUAAAGGACUCCACAGAAUACACCGGACCUGAGAGUUACGUGGCAGAAAUGAUCAAGGAAAGAAACCUUGACUGGUUCCCCAGGAUGAGAGCCAUGUCAUUGGUCAGUAGCGACUCUGAAGGAGAACAGAAUGAACUGAGGAACCUGCAGGAGAAGCUGGAGUCCACCAUGAAGCUUGUCACUAACCUUUCUGGCCAGCUGUCAGAAUUAAAGGAUCAGAUGACAGAACAAAGGAAGCAGAAACAAAGAAUUGGUCUUCUAGGACAUCCUCCUCACAUGAAUGUCAACCCACAGCAACCAGCAUAAGCAAACGAAAUAAAGGAAUUGUAUUUACAUUUUAUAAUUAUUAUUAGUGUGGGUAUGGCUAAUUAGUUCUGAUUCACCCACUAAGGUUACUUUAUGCUUAAUACAUUUGUAAAUACUCAGUUUUAUACUGUAUGUAUAUGAUUGCUACUCUAAAGGUUUGGAUAUAUGUAUUGUAAUUAGAAUUGUUGGCAUGAUAACAUUUGUGCCAAAAAUAUUAAAAAUGCCUUUUUUGGAAGGACUAAAGAAAGCACCUGAUUUGCACUUGAACCAGAUUAUAGAUUUAAAAGUAUAUGACAUGUAUUUUGUAUUUAAAACUAGAAUAGCCAGUAUUUAUGUUUUUUAUAAAACUGUGCAAUAUGAAUUAUGCAAUCACAAUAAAUUUGUAACUCCCGAGUGUCCUAAAGGGAGUGCACAUCUUUGAAGCUGGUGUGUUAAUACUAUGUAAUAAGUGGUUAAAUAUCAAAUGAUGCUGCUGCCAGAAUUAUAUUAAUAGUGAGUUUCAGGCCCCUGGGCAUUUUGUACCAUGUAAUUAUCCCAUGGUGAUGCUGUUUCUCGUUGCUAGUGGCAUUAGUGCCUCUGUCUCAUAGUGAUAAUGCUCCAAGUCUAUGAACUGUUAAAUCAGCAUUCAUUUUCUGAAAAGGAACUUUAGUUUCAAAGAUACUUUUAAGCUUCUAAAUUGAUCAUUUAAACAAACUAUUUCUUUAAAUAGGAGAGCCAAAUUAGAGGCUCAUACUUUAGCUUGUGAAGAAGAUAAUGAAUUUUUUAAAGGGAACUUUUUAUGCAAUGUUCAGGAUAACUGCAUAUUGCUGGCCAAUCAGUGUCAUCUCCUGGGUGAAUUUUGAUGUCACGUUAUAAGAAAUGAAUAAUUGAUGGUUUCUAGAUUAUCUAGUCCAAACAAUAGAGUUUAUUUUUUUCUUCAUCUGAACCAACAUGCUAUAGUAGCUAAGAAGUAUUAAAACUAUAUACAUCCAUAUAAAGAGGAAAUACAAACUAUCCCAUUAGAAGUCAUAGUUGAACACUGACAUGUUAUUCUUCUGAAAGAACCACGUUUGGGUUUUAUUUCUUUUGUCACCUGAUUUCUUUUCUUGAUGGAUGAAAAGUAUGAAAGGAAACUUUUAUAUCUGUUGCCUAGUUUUGUAUAUGGAUCUCAUUUUACAAGAGACUAUCUCUGCAAAAAAGUUUUAAAAAGUAUUGAAAGCAGAGUUCUGAAAUGAGUAAAGUUUGUAAAUGCAUAUAUAAAAAUAUUUAAUAAAUGAUGCAGAAUAAUACACA